AUGGAAGCUUUACAUGUAGCCGCAGUCAAAGCCAACAUGGAAGGAAUUUUUAAUGGCGUGAAAACUCCCAACGACGGUCCAGUACUAUCACACCUCCUUUAUGCAGAUGAUGUGUUGUUUGUCGGCGAUUGGUCCUUGUCAAACUUCAAAAAUCUUGCUAGAUUUUUAAGAUGUUUUCACCUUGCCUCCGGUCUUAAAGUCAACUUCAGCAAAAGUCUACUAUACGGGGUCGGAGUAACCAAUGCUGAGAUUAAUAACAUGGCACUAAUUCUCAGCUGCAAACCUGGCUCUUUUCCAUUUACCUACCUCGGUCUCCCGGUUGGGGCAAAUAUGGGAUUAGUAAAGAAUUGGAAGCCGAUUAUCGAGAAGUUUGAGAACAAACUCACACUUUGGAAGGCCAGGAUGUUAUCUUUCGGAGGACGACUAACUCUAAUCGAAGCAGUCUUAAGUAACCUUCCAACGUACUACUUUUCGUUAUUUAGUGCACCACUCGCUGUCAUCAAGCAAUUGGAAAGAUUACGCCGAAAAUUCCUUUGGGGUGGCUGUCUGGAAAAAAACAAGAUUAGUUGGGUGCCAUGGUUCAAGGUAGUUGCGUCCAAGGUGGAAGGGGGUUUAGGCAUCGGCAGCCUCGCCUGCACAAAUAAAGCCUUGAUCGUCAAAUGGUGUCUUAGGUACAAAAACGAAAAUACAUCCUUAUGGGCCAAAUCAAUCUCGGCUUUCCAUUGUGGGACUCGACGUCAUGCUUCUAUUCCGCUCAAUAGCUCGAUAGCCGGGGUUUGGAAGUCCAUUGUCAAUUUGGGAAGGGUUAUGCAUGAACCGGUCGUUGAUGUUAAAGCAAGGAUGGUACCAUACGUAGGAGUGGGAGAUAAAACACUCUUCUGGCUGGACACUUGGGUGGGAAACAGGCCCCUCCGAGAUGAAUUCCCGACUCUUUUCACCUUGGAAUCCGAUAAAAGAUGCUUCGUCCAGCAACGGUACAAGCGGAUUAACGAAUCAUUGGAAUGGUUUUGGGGCAGCUCCGUACCUCUUUCUCUACCAGAACACUUGGACGCUUGGUCGAACUGCUCUGGGUUGCUUAGCUCAGCAUUGCUUGGGCCCGGCCCAGACCGCUGGCUAUGGAGAACAGGAUCUAGUAGGGACACCUACACCGUGAGUAGACUACGAUCAGAACUCGAUCAUAUUAACAUCAUCCCGAAACAAAACUGCUAUCUUGGCUUCACUGGAUUCCGAAGAAGGUGA